CAGCGCCGCAAUCGUUGGUCUCACUGCGUGACCGUCCGGCGGAUCCUGCGUGAUCCGGCUUUCCUUUGCGCCGAGACCGCAACACUACUGCAGUCCCUGAGACACGGUGGACACGCGACGAGUCUAGUAGACAUUUCCGGCACGGCGACCGAGGUAUUCCUCUACUUAUAUCUAUACUUGCGGAAAGGCAUAAUUUAGCAUAUCUAAUGAAACAUUGAACGCGUAGUAAUUAAAAAAUGGGUAACCCAUCAGAUCACGUCGAAACUCCACUUACCGGUGGAUAUCUGCUGAUUGUAUUAGCCGAACCCAGGAGUGCUGAACACAAAUUAGCUAUAUUGAAAAAACUCACAAAAGGGCUUUCGAGUUGGAGUUAUGAAGAGAGUGGCGUUGAAAUAGUUACUGAACUCAAUGCUAUUGUUAAUCAAAAUAUCGAAGGCGAAGAAGGCAAAAAUGGUGAGCAACUUUUUCAAUACGUAAGUGAUAAUUUAGUGGCAGAAAUUCUUAUUAACCCUCAACACAGUACAUUAGUACAAUGCGUAAGAAACUUAUUGGCAAGUUUUACAAAGUAUAGAUGCAUCAUUCAUGCGGGAUAUUCGUUUACAGAAAAUGGAUCAUGGAUCCUUCAGGAUGGUUCGUUUUCUGUCACUGACUUCUUAGAUGCAUAUAAAACGGCUGAAGCUCAGCGCACAAUUAGGCUUCAUGAAAACAAUAUUCGCAUUGAUCUUCAUUGUUCUGCAGACGCUGAUUGGAAUCAAGUUAGUCGAGUUAAGGGCACGCGUUUUUUAUUAAAUCCACCAGAAAAAAUAGUUGACAAUGAAUCAAUAGAAUCAACCGUAAGAUGGCUUUGUGAUAAAAUUGAAGUGGUUGAACUUGAUACACUACUGGAAGGGUCACAAGUUGUUGGAAAUAUCAGAUUUAGUAGACCUACGCUUUAUGUGUUUCCUGCUGGUCAAGGUGAUUCCGCUCUAUUUGGCAUCAAUGGCUUCAACAUGUUAAUCGAUGGAGGAGCGGGAAGAAAUUCUUGUUUUUGGGGUUUCGCAAGACAUUUAGAUCGGUUAGAUGCAGUACUAUUAACAAGACUCAACAGUAGUAAUUUAGAGGGAGUUGCAUCAUUCCUAAAACGAAAAACGAUGUCCUCAUUGUAUCCACAAAUAGGACAUUUUUUCUGUAACUUCAAGACAAGAAAACAAAUAUCAUCUCCAAACAUAGAUAAUAAACAAGAUGUUCUAUCAAUUAGUUUAAUAGAUACAGCACAAAGCAUAAUAACUGAUCUUAAACAAUUGCAACUUCGUCCGCAUUUAUGUUAUCGAAAUAUAAAUUUAGAGCCAAUCAAUUUAUAUCAUAAAGUUGGUCAUGGAAAAUUAGAUAUGUAUGUAUUAAAUCCUUCUAAAGAUAGUAAAGAGGUAAAAGACUUUUUGACAAAAUGGAAUGAAGGUGAUCAAAAAUUAUUCAAUUCUACUAAAGAUUUACAAUUUCCAUUGCCUAACAUUAUAUCUGUUUGUACAUUGUUAGUAUGGCAACCAGCAAAUCCAAACACUACAAUCACUAGAAUUUUGUUUCCAGGAAGUAGUCCUCAAAAUAAAAUAUUUGAAUCUUUAGAAAGAGUCAGACAUCUCGAAUUUUUAAAACAUCCGUCGUGUUCUAUUAAAUCAAUGAGCUCAGCUACAUCAGUAACAGUCAAAUCUCAAACAACUAAGAAGACGGUUCUUGAAAAAAUGAUACCCGGUGAAACUAAAACCGUUAAGACAAUGGAAAAUUUAGAAGUAUCAACAUCAGCCUCAAAUGCUGUCAUACAAACAGCUAUAAUACCAACAGUACCCAAAGAAGGAACUCCAAAACCAAAGCUUCCUGUUGAGGCAGAAAAACCAAAACCAAAUAUGAAGACAGUUAUAAAAGAAACAACAAACAUAAAAUCAAAAGUUGAACAUAAAUAUAGUUCAAUUAGCGCAAAAGUAAAUUCAAAUAAAGUUGUUCAAAAAAGUACAACUACUAGAAAAACAUUAAAAUUAUCAUCUAAAUCUCCUCCUACUGAUAAAUCAUCCCCCACUACUCCAAUUGAAAAUCAAGAUAAAGCUCCUAAGACAAUUAAACAAGUUAUUAAACCAAAAUCAACAACUACUACAACAAAAUCUCCUUUAAGCACUCCUACUAAAAGUAAAAAAGAGGAAGCAAAUCGUAAAGUUCUCGUUUCAUCAAAAACGAAUUCUGGUCUAAAACGAACUCCAAUAACUAAAAAAGAAACAAAACCAGCCAAUCCAAUAAGUACCGAUAUUGGAGGAGUUUCUUUGAAAAAAGAUUCAAAUAUAGUUUAUAAAUCAAGUUUGAUCAGUUGUAAUAAAGAUAAAAGCGGUGAAGAAGAAGAUAUUUUGAUAGUGGAGAAAGUAGCAAUUACACCAGAAAAACUUUUGACUCCAGAUGGAAAAAAAAUCAUUGCAAAUGAAUUGGAUGGGAUUUUAACAACAGCUAAGGAUAUAGUAAUUAAAGAAAAAUGUAUAGAAAAAUUAUCAGAUUCUGGAGCCACUACAGCCCCAACCAUGCCAGAAGAUGAAAAAAUAACUGAAUCAAAAAAAGAAAAUGAAAUUAAUGAAUCAGACAAAAAAAUCGAAGAGUUUAGAAAAGCUAAAGAUGCAUUAAAAACACCAGAUGAAGUGGCCGAUUUACCAUUCCACGAAGAAGCAGAUGAACAAAAAACAGAAGUUUCUGAAAAAGAAAAUGAAACCGAAAUUGAAACACAAGAAAUUGUACAAGUAGAAAACGCCGAAUAUGUACUGGUAUCAUUAGAUUCUUCUCCAGAAGCAUUAAAACGACAAGUGUUAGAUACUGUUAAUUUGUUAGAUGCAGAAAUUGAUGAAGAUUCUGAUAAAGAAGAUGAAAAUGUAGAAAUAAAGCAGAGUAAUAAACAUACCGAUGUUGAUGAAAAAACUAAAUUAAUAGAACAUUUAUUAGAGUCAUCCAAAGAUUUAUGUGAAAUCACAGACAAAAUUGAUGAAUUAAAAAAACAAAACGAACAUGAGGCCACCAAUCACCAAAUUCAUGAUCAUUUACAAAAUUAUUAUCAUGAUAAUAAUGAAAAAACCACAACAACUCCAAAAGUUCCAAGUAGAUCUGGAUCUAUCACAAAUGAACAAGAAAGUAUUCCAGAAAUAUCUAGUGAUAAACAAGAUUCGAAGGUAUCUAGUAAAGCAGGUUCAGUUUGCGAUGAGCCUGUUAAAUCUCCAGUUCAUGAAACCAUUACGUCCAUUUCUAAAGUUACAAGUAGAUCUAGUUCAAUUAUAAAUGAACAAGAAAGUAUUCCAGACAAACUCAAUGAGAAACAAGAUUCUAAAGCAUCUAGUAAAGCAGGCUCUGUUUGUGAUGAACCAGUCAAAUCUCCGGAUCAUGAAACUACUACGUCCUCUACGAAAGCUCCAAGUAGAUCUGAAUCCAUAACAAAUGAACAAGACAGUAUUCCAGACAAACUCAAUGAGAAACAAGAUUCUAAAGCAUCUACUAAAGCAGGAUCAGUUUGUGAUGAACCAGUGAAAUCUCCGGUUCAUGAAACCACUACGCCAUCUACGAAAACUCCAAGUAGAUCUGAAUCUAUUACAAAUGAACAAGAAAGUAUUCCAGACAAACUCAUUGAGAAACAAGAUUCUAAACCAUCCAGUAACGCAGGUUCAGUUUGUGAUGAACCAGUCAAAUCUCUGGUUCAUGAAACCACUACGUCAUCUACAAAAGCUCCAAGUAGAUCUGAAUCUAUAACAUCUAUAACAAAUGAAAAAGAAAGUAGUCCAGACAAACUCUUUGAGACACAAGAUUCUAAAGCAUCUAGUAAAGCAGGCUCCGUUUGUGAUGAGCCAGUCAAAUCUUCGGUUCAUGAAACUACUACGUCAUCUACGAAAGCUCUAAGUAGAUCUGAAUCUAUAACAAAUGAACAAGAAAGUAGUCCAGACAAACUCUUUGAGAAACAAGAGUCUAAAGCAUCUAGUAAAGCAGGCUCAGUUUGUGAUGAGCCAAUCAAAUCUCCGGUUCAUGAAACUACUACGUCCUCUACGAAAACUCCAAGUAGAUCUGAAUCUAUAACAAAUGAACAAGAAAGUAUUCCAGAAAAACUCAAUGAUAAACAAGAUUCGAAGGUAUCUAGUAAAGCAGGUUCAGUUUGUGACGAGCCUGUUAAAUCUCCAGUUAAUGAAACCAUUACGUCCACUUUUAAAGUUACAAGUAAAUCUAGUUCAAUAAUAAAUGAACAAGAAAUUAGUCCAGACAAACUCAAUGAGAAACAAGAUUCUAAAGCAUCUAGUAAAGCAGGAUCAGUUUGUGAUGAACCAGUGAAAUCUCCGGUUCAUGAAACAACUACGCCAUCUACGAAAACUCCAAGUAGAUCUGAAUCUAUUACAAAUGAACAAGAAAGUAUUCCAGACAAACUCAUUGAGAAACAAGAUUCUAAACCAUCCAGUAAAGCAGGUUCAGUUUGUGAUGAACCAGUCAAAUCUCCGGAUCAUGAAACUACUACGUCCUCUACGAAAGCUCCAAGUAGAUCUGAAUCCAUAACAUCUAUAACAAAUGAAAAAGAAAGUAGUUCAGACAAACUCUUUGAGAAACAAGAUUCUAAAGCAUCUAGUAAAGCAGGCUCAGUUUGUGAUGAACCAGUCAAAUCUCCGGAUCAUGAAACUACUACGUCAUCUACGAAAGCUCCAAGUAGAUCUGAAUCUAUAACAAAUGAACAAGAAAGUAGUUCAGACAAACUCUUUGAGAAACAAGAUUCUAAAGCAUCUAGUAAAGCAGGCUCUGUUUGUGAUGAACCAGUCAAAUCUCCGGAUCAUGAAACUACUACGUCCUCUACGAAAGCUCCAAGUAGAUCUGAAUCCAUAACAAAAGAACAAGACAGUAUUCCAGACAAACUCAAUGAGAAACAAGAUUCUAAAGCAUCUACUAAAGCAGGAUCAGUUUGUGAUGAACCAGUGAAAUCUCCGGUUCAUGAAACCACUACGCCAUCUACGAAAACUCCAAGUAGAUCUGAAUCUAUUAUAAAUGAACAAGAAAGUAUUCCAGACAAACUCAUUGAGAAACAAGAUUCUAAACCAUCCAGUAAAGCAGGUUCAGUUUGUGAUGAACCAGUCAAAUCUCCGGAUCAUGAAACUACUACGUCCUCUACGAAAGCUCCAAGUAGAUCUGAAUCCAUAACAUCUAUAACAAAUGAAAAAGAAAGUAGUUCAGACAAACUCUUUGAGAAACAAGAUUCUAAAGCAUCUAGUAAAGCAGGCUCAGUUUGUGAUGAACCAGUCAAAUCUCCGGAUCAUGAAACUACUACGUCAUCUACGAAAGCUCCAAGUAGAUCUGAAUCUAUAACAAAUGAACAAGAAAGUAGUUCAGACAAACUCUUUGAGAAACAAGAUUCUAAAGCAUCUAGUAAAGAAGGCUCUGUUUGUGGUGAACCAGUCAAAUCUCCGGAUCUUGAAACUACUACGUCCUCUACGAAAGCUCCAAGUAGAUCUGAAUCCAUAACAAAAGAACAAGACAGUAUUCCAGACAAACUCAAUGAGAAACAAGAUUCUAAAGCAUCUACUAAAGCAGGAUCAGUUUGUGAUGAACCAGUGAAAUCUCCGGUUCAUGAAACCACUACGCCAUCUACGAAAACUCCAAGUAGAUCUGAAUCUAUAACAUCUAUAACAAAUGAAAAAGAAAGUAGUCCAGACAAACUCUUUGAGAAACAAGAGUCUAAAGCAUCUAGUAAAGCAGGCUCAGUUUGUGAUGAGCCAAUUAAAUCUCCGGUUCAUGAAACUACUACGUCCUCUACGAAAACUCCAAGUAGAUCUGAAUCUAUAACAAAUGAACAAGAAAGUAUUCCAGAAAAACUCAAUGAUAAACAAGAUUCGAAGGUAUCUAGUAAAGCAGGUUCAGUUUGUGACGAGCCUGUUAAAUCUCCAGUUCAUGAAACCAUUACGUCCACUUCUAAAGUUACAAGUAGAUCUAGUUCAAUAAUAAAUGAACAAGAAAUUAGUCCAGACAAACUCAAUGAGAAACAAGAUUCUAAAGCAUCUAGUAAAGCAGGAUCAGUUUGUGAUGAACCAGUGAAAUCUCCGGUUCAUGAAACCACUACGCCAUCUACGAAAACUCCAAGUAGAUCUGAAUCUAUUACAAAUGAACAAGAAAGUAUUCCAGACAAACUCAUUGAGAAACAAGAUUCUAAACCAUCCAGUAAAGCAGGUUCAGUUUGUGAUGAACCAGUCAAAUCUCCGGAUCAUGAAACUACUACGUCAUCUACGAAAGCUCCAAGUAGAUCUGAAUCUAUAACAAAUGUACAAGAAAGUAGUUCAGACAAACUCUUUGAGAAACAAGAUUCUAAAGCAUCUAGUAAAGCAGGCUCAGUUUGUGAUGAGCCAGUCAAAUCUUCGGUUCAUGAAACUACUACGUCAUCUACGAAAGCUCUAAGUAGAUCUGAAUCUAUAACAAAUGAACAAGAAAGUAGUCCAGACAAUCUCAAUGAAAAACAUGAUUCUAAAGCAUCCAGUAAAGCAGGUUCAGUUUGUGAUGAAUCAAUCAAAUCUCCGGUUCAUGAAACUACUACGUCCUCUACGAAAGCUCCAAGUAGAUCUGAAUCUAUAACAAAUGAACAAGAAAGUAUUCCAGACAAACUUAAUGACAAACAAGAUUCUAAAGCAUCUAGUAAAGCAGGCUCAGUUUGUGAUGAACCAGUCAAAUCUCCGGAUCAUGAAACUACUACGUCUUCUACGAAAGCUCCAAGUAGAUCUGAAUCUAUAACAAAUGAACAAGAAAGUAGUCCAGACAAACUCAUUGAGAAACAUGAUUCUAAAGCAUCCAGUAAAGCAGGUUCAGUUUGUGAUGAACCAAUCAAAUCUCCUGUUCAUGAAUCUACUACGCUAUCUACGAAAGCUCCAAGUAGAUCUGAAUCUAUAACAAAUGAACAAGAAAGUAGUCCAGACAAUCUCAAUGAAAAACAUGAUUCUAAAGCAUCCAGUAAAGCAGGUUCAGUUUGUGAUGAAUCAAUCAAAUCUCCGGUUCAUGAAACUACUACGCUAUCUACGAAAGCUCCAAGUAGAUCUGAAUCUAUAACAAAUGAACAAGAAAGUAGUCCAGACAAUCUCAAUGAAAAACAUGAUUCUAAAGCAUCUAGUAAAGCAGGCUCAGUUUGUGAUGAACCAAUCAAAUCUCCUGUUCAUGAAACUACUACGCUAUCUACGAAAGCUCCAAGUAGAUCUGAAUCUAUAACAAAUGAACAAGAAAGUAGUCCAGACAAUCUCAAUGAAAAACAUGAUUCUAAAGCAUCUAGUAAAGCAGGCUCAGUUUGUGAUGAACCAAUCAAAUCUCCUGUUCAUGAAACUACUACGCUAUCUACGAAAGCUCCAAGUCGAUCUGAAUCUAUUACAAAUGAACAAGAAAGCAGUCCAGACAAUCUCAUUGAAAAACAUGAUUCUAAAGCAUCCAGUAAAGCAGGUUCAGUUUGUGAUGAAUCAAUCAAAUCUCUGGUUCAUGAAACUACUACGCUAUCUACGAAAGCUCCAAUUAGAUCUGAAUCUAUAACAAAUGAACAAGAAAGUAGUCCAGACAAUCUCAUUGAAAAACAUGAUUCUAAAGCAUCCAGUAAAGCAGGUUCAGUUUGCGAUGAACCUGUUAAAGCUCCAGUUCAUGAAACCACUACGUCCUCUACGAAAGCUCCAAGUAGAUCUGGUUCAAUUACAAAUGAACAAGAAAUUAUUCCAGACAAACUCAACGAGAAACAAGAUUCUAAAGCAUCUAGUAAAGCAAGCUCAGUUUGUGAUGAACCAGUCAAAUCUUCUGGUCAUGAAACCAUUACGCCCACUUCUAAAGUUACUAGUAGAUCUGGUUCUAUUACCGAAGAACGAGAGACUAUUCCAGAAAAACCUAUCGAUAAUCAUGAUUCAAAAAAAUCUAGUACAGCAGCUUCAGUUUGCGAUGACGUAGUAAACGCACAAGUUCACGAAUCUAUGAAAGUUACUAAUGGAUCUGGUUCGAUUACUGAUGAAUACGAGUGUAAGGCUUCUAGUGAAGUAACUGGCUCUGUUAGCCGCGAACCAGUAUCUUCAGUUCAUAAAACAAUAUCAUUUAAUGUUACUACUACAAGUACAUUCAAUUUAACUACCCAAAAAUCAGAAAGUACGUCUUCAAAUAAGGUUGAUUCUCCAAAUAAAGAAAUGACAUAUGUUUCUGUAAAAGACAAUCAUGAACCUAAUACAUUUGACAAAUGUGAUUCUAUUUCUAUUGAACCAAUAGAUAUACAUUGUCUAGAAAAAAAUACUAAUGAAGAAGUUAUUGCUUGUAGUACCAAUUCAAAAGAUGAAUUACUUAAAUCUGUAUCAAGUAAUAAUAAAUGUUGUAUUGUAGAUAAUAUUAUUUCGGACUUAUCCUUCAAAGAACAAGAUUCAGUUUCUACAUUAUUAAUAAGUAAAAAUAUUCCAAUUUGCCAAGAUACGGAAUGUACACCAAUAUCUGACACAGACAAGUAUGAUGUUGAAAUCUGUAGUAGUAAAGAUUCGUUUUUUCAAGAUAAGAAUGAAUCUGCAACAGUGUCAUCAAGUAGUACUAGUUCAAUUUGCCAAGAAGUAAAUACUCAAUCUUCAAAACUUUCUAGUAGGAAAAGUUCUGUUAUCGAUGAAUCAAUUGAUAAACCUUCGAAAUUACAAAUUGGGGAAAAGAGUUCCAGUCUUCAAGAAACAAAUAUUUAUGAACCUAACAUUGAUGAUAAUAAUUCUAAAAUAUUCAAUAAAUCUGGAUCUUUGUGUGAUGAAUUGCUAAAUAUGUCGUUUAAUAAAGCAACAGAAAAUGUUAUUUCAAAUAAAACAUAUGAACGAGCAGUUUCUCCAACAUCUAUUGCUGAAUAUACUGAAUCUAAAAUGGAGGAUAAAGUGGAAUCUGUGUGUGAAGAACCAAUCAAGUCUCAUAAUGAUGAAAUUUUUAUAAAAGAAAAUGUAAUUCCAAGUACACCAAAUCCAAUUCUCUUAAAAACUGAAGAAGAAAAAUGUCAGUCGUCAAGUACGAGUUCUCUAUUCGAUGAAACACAGAAAUUACAAAUUGAAAAUAAUGAAAUCAUUUUGUCACCUCCUGAUAUCAAUAAAAAUAAUUCUAAUGUCAUUGAAAAAAAAGUGGAAGAAUCAAAAUCUUUAGGUAGAAUAGGUUCUUUGUGUGAAGAAAUCGCUAAAUUUUUAACUGAUGAUGAUAAAAAAAUGUCCACUAAUAUUACAUCUGAAUCGCCGUGUAGUAUUCCAUUAAAAACGAAUAUUGAAGAAUUAAAAAAUAAAACUGAAUCGUUUUUACAGCUUGAUAAAAAUACUAAUACUUUAAACAAGGUUGAUAAAUCUUUACAACCUAACAAUGAAGUUAAAGUUAAUGAAAAACAUGAUAACAUAAAUGAAAAAAAUGAGAAAAAUACAGAUCAUAGUCUUCCUACUGAAAAUAUCACUAUUUCUAAUAUUAAGUCCCCAGAUAUUUCAACAUUAUUGAUUGAAGAAAAUAAUAAGACUGGUAUAAUGAAUGUUGCUCAAAUAGUAGGUAAAAAUAUCAAUGAUCAUCCUACCAAACAUACGGAUAUUACUGAUAAUGAAUCCAAAAUUUUAAAAACUGUCAUUCCAAUUUCUAGUAUCACUUCUGAAGAAUGUAUUGGUAAAUCAUCAAAUGUUUUAAUUGAAGAUGUAGUGAAAGUAUCUGAUGAGAACAACAUCAUAAAUAAUUCAUCAUUAACACACAUUUGUGUAAACCAACCAUUAGGUGUUACUCUGAAUAGCGAAGACUUGGGUGUUACUAAAGAGAUAGUGAUGCAAUUAAAAAGAGAUGUACACGAAGCAUUGCAUCAAUGUAGUAGUGAUGACGAGCGACCAUUUACUCCACAUAGCGAGUCUAGCAUGUCUAGAUCGGCAAUGAAUAUUGAUGAUGAUGACGAUGAUAAUGAAUACAAUAAAAUUGAAACUGAUGAUGAUAUGGCUGGGUCUCCUAUGUCAACUGGACCAUCCCCUAUACAAAUGCAACUCGAUAAUAGACAAGUGGAAAUUAAUAUGGAUUUUAAUAAAGCUAUUCAGGAACAUAGGAUUACUAGAGGAGAAGAUUUGACAACUACCGAAACAAAUGGUAACCUUGUUACAGAAAUUAAAACAACUGAACAUGAUAAUAUUAAUCAAAACCAAGGCACUUCAUCCGAUACGGUCCAGAGUUGGGGUAAACCAUUAGGUCUACCACCAGUGCAAAGCAUUAAUAAUAACGGUUUCGAUCCAAUUCGUGAGUGGGGAAAGCCAUUAGGUCUUCCAUCUCCAACACAGCCGGUUCUUGAACUUGGAGAAACUCAAAAUAUGAGUAAUAAGACUACACCCAAGAAGAGUGUGAAAAAGAUUAUAGACAACAAACCAAUAAUUAAUGUCAUGGAUAAAGACGCACAGAAUCGAAUCCGACGAUCGGAGUCACCGAGUAAACUCAGGAGUCGAUCAUCUAGUCGGAUGUCGAGAAUUAAUCCCGUUUACUUGGAUCUUAUUUAUGUGCCACAUCAUGGAAAUUCAAAAUAUGUAUCUGCUGACUUUUUUAAGCGCGUACGCGCUAGAAAUUACGUUUUUAGCGGUACUGACCCUAGUAAAGAAGUCUUAAAUGCCUUAAUCGAAGGCAAACAAGCUUGGGAGGAUCAAGAUUUAGAAGUCACCAUAAUACCGACUUAUGAUACUGAUACACUGGGUCAAUGGGUGGCGGAAAAUGAGGAAUUGCUGACCAAGUUGAAGAUUGAUUUAAGUCCUAGCGCCAGCCGAUGCACUAUCAAAUUACAAGAUCAUAAUACCAGCUGCUCCGCGUAUAGAUUAGAAUUUUAAUUAAAUAAUUAUAGAUAUAUACUAAUGCGAGUAAUGAAAUAGUCUUCGUCCAUCAUAUUAUUAGAAAUAUAUUGUUAAGUGUGAUAACUGAUAAAACUGUCUGUCCAUUUUACUUCUUAAUGAAAUGUAUGGCUGCUUUAUAUUAUAUUAUUAGUGUAAACAAGUACAACAAGUAUAUUCGCUUCCGUUCUGAAUUUUUUUUUUGGCAGAGCGUGCGAAUAAACAAUGCACACUAAAUUACAAGACUGGACAAUCCAUCCUGGGUAGUUCUACUUUUUCAUUCUGUUUCAUAUGAAAAUUUUUUUAAUAAAUUUCAAGCUACUUUUUAUUCAUUCACAUUUUUUUAGUACUAACAUCAGGCGCUUCUAUUUCACUUUAACCAACUUUAUUAUUGUUCAAUAAUUACUUUUUUUCUUAAAAUAUUUACAGUAAGAUACGCAAUGCAUAAUAUAUGCUUUAUAAGUUUUUACUUGAAUAUGUGUAUUGUGUAAAGUAAAAGAUAAUGAAAAUAGCAGAUAUUUUAUCAUAAUAUAGUUUUUACAAAUUCACUUUGGGAAUUGGAACUUAAACAUGUCGAAAACGUUAUGUGAUGAACAUUUUUAUUAAUACAUUUUUACGAACUGACUGUACGACAGGGUAAUCGGAGAGACCGUUUAAAAUCGGAUAAUAAAUUGCUGAAUAACCUUUAUACCUAAUAUGUUUUAGUUAUUUAAUUUUUAAUCCCACAAACAAUUGUUUGAAUGUUCGACACAUUAUUAUUAUAGGUACUAUUUUUAAGAAUCCUUUAUUAAAGUUGAUCCAAACAUUGAGUCGUGUUAAUACUUUACUUAAAGCCUGAUGUAGGUAUUAAUUCAUCAUCAAUAUUUUAUUCCGAAUUAUUGUUAUUAUAGGCUAAACCGGUUAAUAUGUUUGACUGUUAUAAUUUUCUAUGAGUAUCUUCCAUUUUAUUAGAUAGGUUCGAAAAAUAAAUCAACUGAAAAGCUUUUUCAUGUUUGUCAGAAUUAAUAUUAUCAUUAUCAUUUAUCAUUUUUUUUUUUUUAAUUGUAGAACAUCGCGGAAAAUGUGAUAUUUUUCCAUGCGUAUACAUAAGAAUAAUAUUAAUGGGUAGAUACUGCGUUUUGCAUUCCGAUUUCUUCGGGGGUAAAGAUGGAUAAAAAUUUAAUGGCGCACCUCAAUGAAAAACCCGUUAACGACAAUAACAUUAAACUAUAGUUGAGAAACCACUACUAUAACCAGUGAUAGACAUUAGUUUGAUUACUGUUCAUCGAGCUUAUGAUUUAUUUUUGGGUACUAUCGUAAAUUAGAAUCGCUAUAUAGGCUAGGCUAUAUAAUGUAAUAUGUACAACAAUAACGGAUUAAUGCGAGUUUCUGUCCAAAACACUCCUACUUCGUUACGUCCAAUUUCUCCAUCCUCUCUUUCACGCAAUACUUUAAACAUAAUUUUUACCCCUAUUAUAUAUAAUUUAUUACCGUGUUGUUAUCAUUAUCAGUGGUUAUGAGUUAUGCCAUAUCAUAACUUAUAAGCAUUACAAUAUGUUGUGUAUGAAUAACUAUAUGUAUUUCAAUCUACGCGUGUUAUAAGUGAAUUAAACACUAGAAAAUUAUAUCUCUAAUCUCAUUAGAUCCUAUCUAACAAGCAUUGUCUACAUUUAUUUGUGGCUUUGUGUGUCUUAUAAAAAGACAUAAUUUAACUCGUACCUUUAUAAUAUUUAUUAUCCACAUUCAUAGCUCGUCGACCUACUUCGAAGGCUUGGUAUGAUUAUUAUUUAGGAUUCGUGAAAGCUUUUUACGAGUCAUUUUUUAAAUGGUGCUAUGUUCCGUCAAGGAUAAAGUUACUUUGAUGACUUAAGAAAAAACGUGAUUUAUGUAUUUUAGUUUUUAAAAAUGUUAGUAUCAUUAUACAUUAAUCUUUUAUACGAAUAGUAGUUAAUUGUAUUGAAUAAUCAUAACAAUGAUAUUAAUUCAUUGAAGUGCGUUUUACAGAUGAACUCGUCGCAUUAUAGGAUUAUUACUGUGUAGAUUAAGUUUAUAGUUUAUUUUUUAAUUAUAUUUUAUAUUUUUAUCUUUAGUGAUUUAAAAAAUUACAUAUUUAUUAUUAUUAUUAUUUUAAAAAUUAUACGCAGUCUGCACGAUCUUCUAACAUAAUACCUAUACGAAUCGAUUUUUGCAUUUGCAUAUUAAAAACAAUAUUUUGUUGUAUUAUUAAUAAGUCUAAUUUAUCUGUUAUAUCAUAUAUUAUUAUAUACCUAUCGUGUAUUACUUAGCUAUUUACAAGUUUAUAAAUGUUAUCUAAGCGUUAAAUAAAAUAAAUUUACACAAUUUAAAGAAAAUACUUGAUUACAUUUUGCAAGUACCUAGGUAAAAUAGCUUGUGAUGAUACAGCAUUUUUUUUUAAUACAUAUUGUUUUAUUUAUUUAAUUUUACAUUUUCUUUUAUAUGUGAAAUUUAUCAAUGCUAUUUAAACAAAAUGCUUAUGUUGUUCUUACAUCAGCCUUACAGAUAUUUUUCUUUUUUUUACUAAUUUAUUAUUAUAUACAAUUUGUAUUAUUAUUAUCAUUAUUAAUAUAUUAUUAUUAUUAUUAUUAAUUUUAUUCAUGUUUAAAUAUAAAUUACUUAACCUUCCAGCUCUUAAAAUACGCAAAUGAUAUUAUUGUAUAAGGGUAGUUAAUUAGAAUCUGUAAUUUAAUAAUUAAAUGUUUGAUUUUAGAA